GGAUGGGAGGGAAAUGGAGGGGGGAUCACUUUCUAGAUAGUAGAUACUUGUUAGUCUUGGUGAUGGGUAAGACGAUACUGAAUAAGGGUGAAGUCAGCACAACUUGACCAAGGUAAAUGAUGACAAGAAUAAGAGAUGAUUUUGGUAAAAGCCACAACAUAUACAAUUUUGCAACAACAGUAGUAACAACCAAAAAAUAUGCAUGUGGUUACAUAUGGAGGUGUAUACUUGUAUAUGUAUAGGUUAAAAAACGCCUGAGUGGUGUAAAUGGUUAAUGCACUCAGCUGCUAACCAAAAGGCUGGAGGUCCAAGUCCACCCAGAGAUGCCUUGGAAGAAAGGCCUAGAGAUCUACUUCUGAAAAGUCAUCUACUGAAAACCCUAUGGAGCACAGUUCUACUCUGACACACACGCGGUUGCCAUGAGUCAUAAUCUACUCAACAGCAGCUGGUAAAAGCAGUAGAAUAAAUACCUUAGGAUUAUAACAUUUCAGUAGCAUGCUGAUAACAAAUUUAAAAUAUGAGUGCAUAUUUGAAUUCAGAAGUUUACUUCAGGUAACGUGGCUAGAGAUUCAAUCAGGGAUGGACAGCUAGAAAAAAAACUUUGUCCAAAUAAAUUCAUCUGGUAUUUCAUAACCCUGGGAUUUAAAGUUUUCCAUUUUAAGAAGCACUUGAAUAUUGAACAAUCUCCUUGCUCUGAUAAUUCUAAAUACUGUACAGUUUAUACCUCUCACAAGACUCUGAACAUGUGGGUCACUGGCGAGACAGUGUGGCAAUGUUUUUCUUGUAAUGUACCAAGUCUUGCCAAAGCAGUGAGCAGCAUUAUGACACCGUAUUUUGUCACAGCUGGCUCUCUUAACAGGACAGUGCCAGCCAAUUCAGGCCUGGUCCUUCCUGUGUUUAUUCCCACUUCUCCCAAAUAUUUGGAAACUGGUAUCUUGAUUCACUGGUGUAUUUGCGUAUUUUAUUACUGCAAGUUUUUUUCUUUUAAUGGAUUGAUUCUUUGCGAGGAAUAGACAAAAUAUCAGUGUGAAUCACAGCGAAUCCCUGUUCCAUGCUGGUAUGGGGGAAACUCUGGGAGAUUCUCUCAUUGACCCUGAGAGCUGUUCCUUCAGUGAUACACUGUCUGCAAGCAGUUCACAAGGAAUUACCAUGGUUGACACCGAGAUGCCAUUUUGGCCCACCAACUUUGGAAUCAGCUCCAUGGAUCUCUCUGUAAUGGAUGAUCACUCUCACUCCUUUGAUAUCAAACCCUUUACCACUGUUGAUUUCUCCAGCAUUUCUGCUCCACACUAUGAAGACAUUCCCUUCACAAGAGCAGACCCAGUGAUGGCUGACUAUAAGUAUGACCUGAAGCUCCAAGACUACCAAAGUGCAAUCAAAGUGGAGCCUGCCUCCCCACCUUAUUAUUCUGAAAAGACUCAGCUCUACAAUAAGCCUCAUGAAGAGCCUUCCAACUCCCUCAUGGCAAUUGAAUGCCGUGUCUGUGGAGAUAAAGCUUCCGGGUUCCACUAUGGAGUUCAUGCUUGUGAAGGAUGCAAGGGUUUCUUCCGGAGGACAAUCAGAUUGAAGCUUAUUUAUGAUAGAUGUGACCUUAACUGUCGGAUCCACAAAAAAAGUAGAAAUAAAUGUCAAUACUGUCGGUUUCAGAAAUGUCUUGCUGUGGGGAUGUCUCAUAAUGCCAUCAGGUUUGGGCGGAUGCCACAGGCUGAGAAGGAGAAACUGUUGGCAGAGAUCUCCAGCGACAUCGACCAGCUGAACCCAGAGUCUGCUGAUCUACGGGCCCUGGCCAAACAUUUGUAUGACUCAUACAUAAAGUCCUUCCCGCUGACCAAAGCAAAGGCGAGGGCCAUCUUGACAGGAAAGACAACAGACAAAUCACCAUUUGUUAUCUAUGACAUGAAUUCCUUAAUGAUGGGAGAAGAUAAAAUUAAGCUCAAACACAUCACCCCCCUGCAGGAGCAGAGCAAAGAGGUGGCCAUUCGCAUCUUUCAGGGGUGUCAGUUCCGCUCGGUGGAGUCUGUGCAAGAGAUCACAGAGUAUGCCAAAAGCAUUCCUGGUUUUGUGAACCUUGACUUGAAUGACCAAGUAACUCUCCUAAAGUAUGGUGUCCAUGAGAUCAUAUACACAAUGCUGGCAUCCUUGAUGAAUAAAGAUGGGGUUCUCAUAUCAGAGGGCCAAGGAUUCAUGACAAGGGAGUUUCUAAAGAGCCUGCGGAAGCCCUUUGGUGACUUUAUGGAGCCCAAGUUUGAGUUUGCUGUGAAGUUCAAUGCACUGGAAUUAGAUGACAGCGACUUGGCAAUAUUUAUAGCUGUCAUUAUUCUCAGUGGAGACCGCCCAGGUUUGCUGAAUGUGAAGCCCAUCGAGGACAUCCAGGAAAACUUGCUGCAAGCCUUGGAGCUCCAGCUGAAGCUGAACCACCCCGAGUCCUCUCAGCUGUUUGCCAAGCUGCUCCAGAAAAUGACAGACCUCAGACAGAUUGUAACAGAACACGUGCAGCUAUUGCAAGUCAUUAAGAAAACAGAAACGGACAUGAGUCUUCACCCACUCCUACAAGAGAUCUACAAGGACUUGUAUUAGCAAAGAAGUCCCAAAUCACUGACAAAGCUUCCUUCCUCAAAUUGCACUAUUAUUUUGAGGGAAAAUCUGACACCUAAGAAAUUUACUGUGAAAAAGCAUUUUAAAAGGAAAAGGUUUUAGAAUAAUAGAUCUAUUUUAAGCAUAUUGUUUAUAAAGAUACAUUUACAAUUUACUUUUAAUAUUAAAAAUUACCACAUUAUGA